AGGAUUAUGUCUCCCCCAGUCACAUGACUGCAGGGUCAGCUGACUAGUCUCGAGGGUUGGAGGAGAGUGCUGGGUCACUGCUGACAGUACACAGAUAUAUAUAUAUAUACAGGACAGAGCUGACUGCACCCUGAUCACCAUGGAGAGCCUAGUGCUGGCUGUACUGCUCCUCUGUACUGUGCUCCUACCAGGAUCAGCAAUAAUCAGGGUACCUCUGACGAAAUUCCCUUCUAUACGAAGAACAUUUACUGAGUCUGCUGGGGAUUUGAAGAAUCUGAUUGGAGAAGAGGGUUACAACAAAUACUACUCUGGAUUUCCACUAAAUGGAGGUCCCACACCAGAGACUCUGAAGAAUUAUCUGGAUGCUCAGUACUAUGGUGAGAUUGGUAUUGGAACUCCUCCACAGACAUUCACAGUAGUGUUUGACACCGGAUCAUCUAACCUGUGGGUCCCCUCUAUACACUGCUCCUUGCUGGACAUUGCCUGCUUAUUACACCACAAGUAUGAUUCUUCCAAAUCUUCCACCUAUGUAAAGAACGGUACAGAAUUCUCCAUCCAGUAUGGCAGCGGGAGCUUGUCUGGGUACCUGAGUCAGGACACUGUGACGAUUGGCAACCUUGCAGUGAAAGGACAGCUUUUUGGGGAAGCCAUCAAGCAGCCUGGCGUUACCUUUAUUGCAGCCAAAUUUGAUGGGAUAUUGGGCAUGGCGUACCCACGGAUCUCUGUUGAUGGCGUUCCACCUGUGUUUGAUAAUAUCAUGCAACAGAAGCUGAUAGAAAACAACAUAUUCUCCUUCUACCUAAAUAGGGACCCGGAAUCUCAGCCUGGUGGUGAGCUUUUACUAGGAGGCACAGAUCCUAAAUAUUACACUGGAAACUUUAACUACCUCAAUGUUACCCGCAAAGCAUACUGGGAAAUUCGUAUGGAUCAGAUUGAUGUUGGUCAACAACUCACUCUAUGUAAAGGAGGCUGUGCAGCCAUUGUGGACACUGGAACCUCGCUGAUCACUGGCCCAAAGGAUGAAGUUGUUGCACUGCAGAAAGCCAUCGGAGCUACGCCUCUAACUCAGGGAGAGUAUAUGGUCCAGUGUGAUCAGGUGCCUUCUUUGCCUGUCAUUUCUUUGACACUUGGAGGAAAAGAAUACACCCUGACUGGAGAACAGUAUAUUAUGAAGGUUAAACAGGGAUCCCAAUCCAUUUGUGUGAGUGGAUUUAUGGGUCUUGACAUUCCUCCUCCAGCCGGACCCCUGUGGAUUCUAGGAGACGUCUUCAUCGGUCAAUAUUAUACAGUCUUUGACCGGGCUAAUGACCGCGUGGGCUUUGCCAAGGCCAAAUGAUGGAAGCAUCCCGUACAAUCACCGUACCUUUCCCUGGAUCAUCUGAUCUUCCCAAGAACUCAACGCAAUGAUUGUGUGCCUGUCUAAGGUUAUUGAUACAUAUGAAGUGAACUGAAAACAGAUUACAAAUAGAUAUUUUAUUUAUGAACACUCCAAGACCUCUGCAAACCUCUCCUGGUCAGCCUAUUCUGGGGUGUGGGGAUUAAUUGUCUGAAACAGAUUUAGAAUAGAGGUACGGCUGGCACCAGGGGUGUCUGCUUUCUAGGGGAAAAAAAUUGUGCGCAUUCAACCACAAAAUGUACUACCGGUAGAUCUCUCCAGCAGUUUGAACCUCCAGCUGCCAACUCCUGUCUAUGGCUAGAAUAGUGCGCAGUGCGCAACUAUCGUGCACUUAUUAACCUAGCCAAAGACAUGGAAUGGCAUCAGUCUUUAUACAUACAGCACACAAUGUUUUAUCUGAACGUUCAUAUUUAUUUAGUAAUCCCUGAUGCCAGCUUUAUCUCAGGCAAGCAGAAGUCGUUUAUUGAAAAAAAUAAAUUCUGAGCGAUCAGCUCCCCCUCCCCACACAAGAUCAUUGGCCAGGAGGCCUAUGCCAAGGUCUCGGUGCAUCAUUUUAUAUUCAACCGUUUCCUGAUAUGACCCAUAAGGGCUAUAUUAGGUGACGGCCUCAGAUCUUUCGUGGUAGCCUGAGAUGGCGUCCCACAAAUUGCGUUUUUUUUCUU